AGUGUCACAUUCAGGAUAAAGACUGGUCAGCUCUGCACUCUUGUCACUCUUUUUAGGGGACCGCUCUUGAGGCCUUGGACUUACUCACUAAUUGACUAAAGAAAAAACAAAAGAAAAAUAAUUUUGGCAAAGGCCCUCUGUGCUCAUUUUAAAAGACUGACCUCAUGUAUGCAUACAUUUUCUCUAUGUACUGCAGUUCCCUCCUAAAACAAGUUCAUCUUAUAAUAAUUAGGGUAUUUGGAUAAUUGAUCCUAAAGCAGUGAUGUGCUGUGACAUCUGGGGUCAGUUAGUAGAGCUGGGGUCAUGUAGGCAAACAAAAAGUCCUGUCAAUUAGUAUUUAUAUGUGACCACCAAAAAGAACAGGCAUAGAAUCAUACUUUGAGACUUGAGUGCAUACUUGACCUAUUAUUGUUUGCUUAUAUUAAUAUGCAAACAUCAGAUUUAUCUUGAAAACCUGGUCAAAAUGAUCGGAAUCACACAUGAAAAUGACAAAAUAACAAUCACAGCCACAUCUCAGAAUACGGUCUUUGAAAAAGAGGAAGUAAGUGCAGAGAAUGGGAUGAUUGAGAUGCAUGGCCAAUAGAAGUACACUCUGCAGAGCUCUAUUUAAAUAUGCAUCAUCUCCUCUUCUUCUUAACUGAUACCAUCUACAUAUAAUCAGAGAAUUUAUCAGCAUACCUGCAGCCAUGGAGACAUUUCACCAUAUGCAUCGCUAAAAGCAGAUAAAUUCAUGCACAUACACCAUACUGACAAAAGUAUUUGCUUGUCUGCUUUCAUGUACACAUGAACUUGAACGAGAACUCUUUCUAAAUCCAUAGAGUUUAAUAUAUCAGCCCAGCCUUUGCCAUAAUAGGUUCAGCUAUUUUUGAAUUCUGAAGAUACCUUCCACAAGGUUUAGGACUGUGUUUAUAAGAAUAUAAUGGACAUUGUUUUGUGAACUGGUGCACAGACAUUUUGGAACAGAAAGGGACCAUCCCCUAACUGUUCCCACAAAAUUUGGAGUAGAAACAUUUCCAAAAUAUCUUAAAAUGCUGAGGCUCUAAGAGUUUGUUUGAAUUGAACCAAGGAGCUGAGCCCAACUUCCUCCUCUUCACCAAACUCUACACCAGACAUGAUGCAGUCAGGUAAGUGCUGUUCUCCUGCCAAACCCAGACUGGUCCACUGGAUUGCCAGGCAGAGAAGCCUGAUCUUUACUUCAGAGAGCAUGUGUCUACUGGAGUCAUUAAAAGAAGGCCUAGCUGUUCUUCUCAUUUUUAAAGUACAUGCAAAGAUACGUCUGCACCUAAAAUAGGUGGGGAAAAUCUAUUUUCCUCAAUGAAAUCCUCAGAUCUUACUCCUAAAAUUUUGAGGAGUGCCUCCUCAGGUCAGGACCUGGCGUGAGAGGACCACCAUGACCUAUAGCAAAGAGAGACACAUAUUGCUUGCAUCUGCUGGUCUUUAUUGAUGUGUUUGUACCAGCAUGUGUUUAAUGCAAUCUGCAUCGUGAAUCUAGUGCAGAAAUGAAGCAGUUACUUCAUGUAUUGAAGGGAAAAAGAAAUGUAGGAAUUUGCACAAUUUCAUAGACAGAGCCAGUCACAAUAAAUUUAAUUAUAAAAAAUUUUAGUUUUUCAGUAUCUCGAUUCAAUUAGUGAAACACAUUAUAUAGAUUAAUUACAUAAGGUCUAAUGUUUUCAUGCCCUUAUUUCUGUUAACUAUGAUGAGGUUUUGCUCAAAGCUCAUGAAAACAUAACAUUUAAGGUUAGAAAAUUACAUCAGACAAAUCGAAUUUCUUUUUUUCACAACAAUGUGAGCUUAAUGAAAUGCAUGUUUAAUACCUGCUUAAAGAUUGUUAUUUUUUAAAGGUACUUUUAAUCUGACAAACAAGCCUCAUCGGAACGCAUAAUGUAAUAUAUUGAAUAUUACUGUAUUUCCCCUACAGGAUUGACAGUAACUCCUGAGGGUGUUUUUGUACUUUAGGAGAUUCAGGUAGAAUUUUAUUACCUCAAGCAGGGAAAAAAAAAAGAAAACAAUGAAACAUAGAAAGUUGUGUUACAAGUUUGCCAUGAUAAUAAAGUUAGAUGACUGAAGUGUGCUUGAGGCUUUAGAGAGAGUGAAUGUCAAACCUUCAUUCUAAUUUAAAUGUCAAUCAUUUCUACCAAGUUUUGGCAUUAAAUUACAGUUUUGAGAUGUAAUCAUAAACCGCAAUAGUGUACAUUUUCCAUAAGAAAUGGAAUAGGGGUGGUUUGAAUACCUUUAGGUAUUAAUUUAAUUUCAUUACGAUGCUCAGAUCUAUAUAACACGAAAUCUUUCACAUAUUGUGGUGUCAGGUGUCCUCUCCUGUGCUGUAGGAGCCGAACAUUUUGGAAAUAAAAAGAACAUUCUAGGAACUUCAGUUUGGCCUCACCCUGUUCAUCAGUUUGACAUCUGACUGAAAUAGAAAUGAUUACAUAGGAAGAAUAGCAAAGCAUCCUGGAUAUGUUGUGCCACAACACGAAGGGGACUUAAUCUUUCCAGACAAAUAUCUAGAGCAAUAAAAUAUAAUUUAGAAUAACAUCUAACAAUCUUCAUUGUGAGCUGUAUUAAAGAAAUCACACAUUUUACCAUAAACGUCUCAAAUAGCAAAACAAUUUUAAUAAAAUCUGAGAAAUUAAUUUACUGUGAUUAAGCCUCUAACAGCUUAUUUUUAAUGGAUCUUAGGUGUAUAUGGCAUUGUGUAUGGUUUAUUGUGUGACUGGGGAUCUUGCAAAGACAGUCCUUCAGCUGGUCUAAAAUAUCAAAACUGUUUCAUUAGUAAAAACAUUAGAACAUUGGAUUAAAAAGAUAUUCUAGGAUUGGCAUCUUUACAUCUAAAGAUAAAUAGUUAAAAUUAUUCAACUUCCAUUGGAAAUUAGAAUUAUUGGUAGAAUAUAUAAACUAGUAGCUAUGUACAAUAAACAAUUCAAGCAAAAUAGUUAAAUAGUGUAAGAUAACUAUUACAGGUGGUUUUAGCAAUUCAUACUAAACCUACCACUUUUAAUGUCUACUGCAAUCUCAAAAUGAUCUUAUGGAGUAUGAUUUUCUUGCUCAUAAGCCUGCAGAUUCUUUCAGCUAAAAGCUAACAUCUGCACACUUGUAUUUAGACAAUAACAUCUAUAUCACUUGCAUGUUUAAUAUUUGUUAAUAUUUUUCUAAACGUUAACGAGCAAAUAUCUUUGUCUCUGAUUUGUUGAAAUCAGUGAGGCCACUAUUUGCUUAUUAUCACUGCAAUAAGCGAGAGCUAAUGAGCGCUGCACACACCACUACUGGGGCCGAUAACUUUAUUACAGUUUCUCAGACUAAACUCCAGAGAAGAUUUUAGUCCUUUUUAUUAGAUUCUUUUAAAUCUUAAAGAAUAUCAAUGUGAGAACAUUAAUUUAGCUAAAUGUUCACAUCUAGGUGCUGGUGUGAUGCUUGUAUCCUCACAACACAUAUGCCAUAUAUAUGUUUAGCAGUUACAUCCUUUGCAGUAGAAGUCCACAUGGGGUCAUUAAAAAUAUCAGGCUGGUACACCGAAAUCAAAACCAGUGACUGACUUAAAAAUACUGUGAUGUUGUACUAUUACUAUAUAAUAGGAACUCACAUAGAUCGUUUGUCUUUUGUUUUGUUUUUACACAUUUAUAUUUCUGACUGACUAGAAAUUAGCAUUUAAGGUUUCACAGUCUACAUGUAGCAGUUCUUGACAUAACAAAACCCACAGAAUAAUGUCUUUGAGGAGUGCAUGGAUUCAUUUCUCCUGUUCAGAGCAUCCAGGAUAAUCCUUGCAUCUCUAGAACACUUUUCAGCACUGCAAAAAACCAAAUAAUAAACAUAAAAGGUUCCUAAACAUGUAUGUUAGCUCCUGCUAAUGAGCAAUGAGUACCAACUGCACCUUUAGCUAAUAGUACUGCCAAGCCUAAAAGUCUAAGUAGUUUGCAUUUAUCUUUUCAGCAGCAUUCCUCCCUUCUUCUAAACUUCCAGGCCCUUCCCUCUUUGCUCUUUGUGACAGGUAUAUAACCAGAGAGGUCCAGUGAUGCUUUGUACUGCAGAUCAUCUCCAGUUAUCCUUGCUGGUUCAGAUUCAGACUCUCCAAGAUGUCUAUGUCUAUAUUGACCUCCACGUUGAUGCCAACGAGAAGGCUAUGCUUCAGAUCCUGAAUGACCGUCUGGCCUCCUACAUUCAGAAGGUGCAUUCAAUGAAGAAGGAGAACGAACGUCUGGAUAAGCAGAUCAGUGAGUGGUACAUGAGCAAAACUGUGAUCACCCAUGAGUACAGUGCCUACUUGGCCACCAUCGCAAACCUGCAGGAUAAGAUCCGAGCUGCCUCCACUUCCAACGCUAAGAUCUACUUGGAGAUUGACAAUUCAAAACUGGCCGCUGAGGACUUUAAAAUGAAGUAUGAGCACGAGCUAAGCAUGACGAUGGCUGUAGAGGGUGACAUCGCUGGACUGAGGAGAAUAUUUGACAAUCUUUAUCUGACCAGAAAGGAUCUAGAGAAUCACUACGAGUCCCUGAAGGAGGAGCUCAUCACGUUGAAGAAGAACCACGAGGAGGAAAUGGGUAUGCAGAAGACCAUGAUGGCCGGCCAGGUUAACGUGGAGGUUGACGGUCCUUCUCCUAUAGACCUGAACCUGGUCAUGAAUGAGAUCAGGGAGAACUAUGAGGCUCUUAUUGCCAAGAAACGCAAGGAGCUGGAGUUGUGGUAUCAGAACAAGAUUACAGUGGUGGAGAAGGAAGCAGAAGUACGUUCAACCAGUCUAGAGGCUUCUCGUCUUGAGAUUAAAGAACUGAAGAGCAUCCUGCAGACACUUCAGAUUGAACAGCAGUCCCAUCUGAGUAUGAAAUCAUCUCUAGAGGCAACUCUGCGAGAGACUCAGGAACGCUAUUCAGCACAGCUGGCAGGUCUCCAGUCCAUGGUCACAGGCCUGGAAGCUCAGAUGACACUUCUCACCGCCAGCAUCAAUGAAAACAACCUGAAGUACGGCACACUUCUGGACCUCAAGACCCGUCUGGAGGCAGAAAUUGUGGAGUACAGGAGGCUGCUCGAUGGGGAGGAUGACAGGGGCAGCUCAAAACAAGUGAUUACAAAGACCGUUGUUGUGCGGGAGACGGAUGUGGAUGGAAAAAAGGUUGACUCCUCUAAGCGUUGAUGUGGAUCAGACCAAGAAAAAAAAAACAAAGGAACUGAAUUCAAAGAAACAGGAGUCAGCAAAGUUCAAUAAAGACUCUUCAGUGAAA